UGGGCUGGGCUGGGCCGGGCCGGGCCACACACGCAUCAAGCCGGGGAGAGGAGGGGGUUACGGUAGGCAGACGGGCAGCCUCCAGAAAAUCACACCGAGCGGCAGUUUGACCGACGUGAAAACGUCUGUUAACGUCACGGAGACACGGCGGCUGUGUGUUUUCAGCCCAUGUUUUUCUCCUAACCGCCUGUCGCCACCAUGACAGAGGAGGAAACAAUAAACGUAAAGGAGGUGGAGAUCAUCAAGGUGAUCUUGGACUUCCUCCACUCCCGGAAGUUGCACAUCAGCAUGUUAGCUCUGGAAAAGGAGAGCGGCGUGAUCAAUGGCCUCUACUCUGACGACAUGCUCUUCCUCAGGCAACUUGUGCUAGAUGGUCAGUGGGAUGAGGUCUUGCAGUUCAUUCAGCCUUUAGAGUGUAUGGAGAAGUUUGACAAAAAGAGGUUCCGUUAUAUUGUCUUAAAGCAGAAGUUUCUGGAAGCUCUGUGUGUGAAUAACGCCAUGUCUGCUGAGGAUGAGCCACAACAUUUGGAGUUCACCAUGCAGGAGGCGGUCAAGUGCCUGCACACACUGGAGGAGUUCUGCCCCUCCAAAGACGACUACAGCAAAUUGUGUCUGCUGCUCACCUUGCCUCGCCUCACAAACCACGCUGAAUUCAAGGACUGGAACCCAAGCACGGCCAGAGUGCAGUGUUUCGAGGAGGCCUGCACCAUGGUGGCCGAGUUCAUCCCGGCUGACCGGAAGCUCAGCGAGGCGGGAUUCAAAGCGAGCGGGGAUCGCCUUUUUCAGCUGCUGCUCAAAGGAGUCCUCUAUGAGUGUUGUGUGGAGUUCUGCCAGAGCAAGGCGACAGGUGAGGAGAUCACCGAGAGCGAGGUUCUGCUGGGGGUUGACAUGCUGUGCGGUAACGGCUGCGACGAUGUGGACUUGUCCCUCCUGUCCUGGAUGCAGAACCUGGCCCAUAGUGUCUUCUCCUGCGCCUUUGAGCAGAAGCAGCUCAACAUUCACGUGGACCGCCUGGUUAAGCCGGCCAAGGCCGGCUACGCCGACCUGCUCACGCCGCUCAUCAGCAAACUGUCUCCGUAUCCGUCCUCGCCGCUCCGCCGGCCCCAGUCCGCGGACACCUACAUGUCGCGCUCUUUGAACCCGGCUCUGGACGGGUUGUCCUACGGGCUGUCCAGCCAGGAUAAGCGAGGGAGUGGCGGCGAGAUUGCCCCAAGUAAAGGUGUCUCACCCAUGUCUCACUCCUUUGCCAACUUCCACUACCCUGGAGCGGGUGGACAGAACCUCACCAGGAGCCUCAUGAUGGAGAGCUCCGACUGCCACAGUAUCUUUGAGGAAUCACCUGAAACUUCAAGGACUGAGACACCUGUGGACAAAAUGAUGAGAUCAAGUGUCACUCAGAACUCUCGUCCAGCCUCAGCUCCAGGAGAGGAUGCACCUCCAGGGGGAUCUGCUGAAAAGAACGAGCUCUGGGACACCACAGAAAAGUAUGAGGAGUAUUACCGGCAGCGCCUGCGUGUGCAACAGCACCUGGAGCAGAAGCAGCAGCAGAGGCAGAUGUACAAGCAGAUGUUGUUGGAGGGUGGUGUGCAGCAGGAGCCCCCGCCCAGUGAAAUGCAGCACAGCCUUACAGAGAAGUUCCUCAACAGGUCCAUCCAGAAGCUGGAGGAGCUCAAUGUGGGGAUGGAGAGUUUAGGAGAUGAGGUGAAAUCUUUGGCCCAGCAGUGUAACGGGAACGCCCCCACCUCGGAGUUUAACAACAAUCCCCCGUCUGCGAGCCCGGAGCACAACAACAGCCGUGGGAGCGGGGUCCUCAGCAGCACCCCGCAGCAUGUCGUGGGAGGCCGUCCGGUCUCUCCCCUAAUUGAAUCCCCCGUUUUCUCACAGAGUGGGCAGAAUCACAAAGUAGGACCACACGGCGACUCACCGGGGUCGUUAUCACGCAGUAAAGAGGGUGGCGACAAAGAAAAAAGUCUGUUCUUGCCAGUGCAUACGCUUGAGGACACUCAAGCUGUUCGCGCUGUUUCCUUCCACCCGUCUGGGGCCCUCUACGCCGUCGGCUCCAACUCCAAAACACUUCGUGUCUGCGCUUAUCCAGAAACACUGGACACCAGUGUUUCGACUCCAGCGAAGCAGCCCGUGGUCCGCUUCAAGAGGAACAAACACCACAAAGGUUCUAUCUACUGCGUGGCCUGGAGCCAGUGCGGGCAACUGCUGGCAACCGGCUCCAACGACAAAUAUGUCAAAGUUCUGCCGUUCAGUGCCGAGACCUGCAAUGCCACAGGCCCAGACUUGGAGUUCAGCAUGCAUGACGGCACCAUCAGGGACUUGGCCUUCAUGGAGGGUCCAGAAAGCGGCGGGGCCAUCUUGAUCAGCGCAGGAGCAGGAGACUGUAACAUCUAUACCACCGACUGUCAGCGAGGCCAGGGCCUGCACGCCCUCAGCGGACACACAGGUCACAUCCUGUCUCUCUACACGUGGGGUGGCUGGAUGAUCGCAUCCGGCUCCCAAGACAAGACUGUACGCUUCUGGGACCUCAGGGUGCCCAGCUGCGUGCGAGUGGUGGGCACGGCCUUCCACGGCUCAGGCAGCCCCGUGGCCUCGGUGGCGGUGGACCCGAGCGGCCGUCUCCUGGCGACGGGACAGGAGGACAGCGCUUGCAUGCUGUACGACAUCCGAGGCGGGCGCAUCGUGCAGGUGUACCGUCCGCACGGCAGCGACGUGCGCUCUGUCCGCUUCUCCCCUGGCGCUCACUACCUGCUCACCGGCUCCUACGACACCAAAGUCAUGGUCACCAACCUUCAAGGUGACUUGACUAAGCAGCUCCCUGUGACCGUGGUGGGCGAGCACAGCGACAAGGUGAUCCAGUGUCGCUGGCACACCGAGGACCUCUCCUUCCUGUCGUCGUCCGCCGACCGCACCGUCACGCUGUGGACCCACAACCCGUGACGUGCUCCAACACAUAACAUAACAACGUUGAACCUGAUUGACACACACACAGGCGACGGCGUAGAGAAUCGCAUCGAUCAUAAGCAACACAGGAAAAGUACAUGCUGCAUGUCCUCACAUGAAGUUGUAUGAGCAUUUACUUUGAUAUCCUUCAUAUAUCUAGUUUAAGGUCCAUGUACCAGUAUACUUUCACAACUAAGAUGAUUCAGCACAUUAGUAGGAGAACAACUGUGUCUUACUAGUAGUGUUUUUGCCGCUACUUGUGCCACUUUUCACCCACUAGUACACAAUUGAAGCUUACAAGUAAACUACUGUGUUGAACUUGCAAGACUACUUAAGCCCAACAAGUAGGCAUGUCGAACAUUAGAAUCCUCACUCGCAACAUAACGUUAUCCCAUUAGUAUCCCAAAGCUGCAUUACUAGUAAAGACAGUGUGUACUAGUACAUGUAGCUUAAGCCAGAUAUCAAUUCCACGCCAUGUAAUAGUUUUUUUUUCCCCAGUACUGCCUUCCAUAACUGACAUUUUUGCACACAAGUAGAAUAGUCUUGGCAUACUAGUAGUAGUACUACAGUAUGUGCUUUUUCCUCACUUGUAAGUCAGUUAAGCGUGCUCGUAGAGUAGUUGUGUGUUACUAGCAAUGUUUUUUUUCUACAGUAUGUGCUUUUUCCUCAUUUGUAAGUCAGUUAAGCGUGCUAGUAGAGUAGUUGUGUGUUACUAGUAAUGUUUUUUUUCCCUCCUUCGCUACUGACUUCCACAGCCGUAUGACCUUUCUGCACACUAGUAUGACCACUGUGCCAUGUGAUUAGGAAAAACGAUGUUACUACUGAGGCAAAAACUAUGCAGUACUUGACAACUGGUGCGAUUGUACUUUUGACGACGUUAAAUUCUACCAGUUACCCAGCACUCCAUUAGUAAUAUAGCAGCGCACAAAUGUCAAGUAGUGCACUUUUGCUCACUACUUUCUAGUAGUCCUGCUUGUCAUUUUACUAGUGCAGUCAAUUGUCUUACUAGUGUGAUCCAGGCACAUAACAGUACAUGGACCUUAAACUGGAAAUCAAAAAAUAUAUGCUGGAAGAACUUUCCAUUUUUCACUGCAUUUAGUUGUCAUAGCAAAGGGACACAAACCACUGGCAUUCUCGGUGACUUUGCGCACGCGUAGAUGCAAUACAGUAUAUGCACAUGAGUCACACCAGUUUGCAUGCGCUUUUACUGACAGGAACGAAGCUUUUUUUCCAUGAUGGUGCCUUGAUUUUUCAACAGCAGACAAAAUCAAAUUCCAUGGUUUUUUUGCAAGCCCAUUUCCUCCAGCUGCUGUUGUAGGGUUUUUUGGUUUUUUUUUUUUCAGGAAAAGUGGAGGUUCUCGUGUGAAAUUGUGAUUGUUCGGUGUCAAUAGCAAGCUUUUGGCAGCCUUUACAGUCUCUGCUGUUGCUUCCCGACGUGCUGACAUUACUGUACCCACCGGAUUACUAACCCAAAUGUGUAAGUUGUUGUUUUUAAAUUGAGUCAACGGUUUCAUUUUUAUAGUUGUUCAAAACCAUGACAGAUUGUUAUUAAGACGGUGUCCAAAGGGAAUACAAGCCUCUUUCUUGUUGAACAAUUUUUGGGGUGAGGUUAAUAUUUUUUUUCCCACAUGCUGCUGUACUGAGGUCACAACAAAAGGGGGCAGUCUAGACUAUUAAUUGUAUGCACAUUAGAAACGUUAUGUGAAGCCAGUAUUAGGGACUUAAAAGUGUAUUUUUCUUUUUUUUUUUUUUUAAGUUUAAUGCACUUUGUUUUUGAACUCAAACGUUUUAUCCUUCUGAUAUAUUUUCAAAUGUUUUUGUUUGUCUUCUAACAAAUAACACCAAACUAUUUAUUUCCGAUGUGAUUAUGUACAGUGCUAGUUACUGAUGUGGUAAGCAAGUCUAAUUAUUGUUUCUUAAAAAAAAGAUUUAAUUUAAUGUAAGCUAACAGAUUUGUUUUAUGUUCAAUAAAGUGUCUUUUAAUCAA